GGAAGGUUCGAGAAGGUCUUGACUUCAGCUUGAGCCUUGAGGGUCCUAGAACCCUCUGGUUUCCUCCACCAAUCGCCUUCCCCACUCUUCUCCUCCCCUUUAUUGUUUAUUUUCACCAUUCUUCAUUCAUCAUACACCCCUUCACUUCCGUCCUCGCAGAUAUCAAAUUCCCCUAUAGAAAAGAAUUUCCUACGACGCCUAAUAAUGGCAGACGAGGCCAAGGCCAAAGGAAACGCAGCCUUCUCGGCCGGAAAUUUCAACGACGCGGUCCUCCACUUCACCGAUGCAAUCAAUUUAGCCCCCACCAACCACGUCCUCUACUCCAAUCGCUCUGCCGCCUACGCUUCUCUCAACAAAUUUUCAGAAGCGCUCUCCGAUGCGCAGAAGACUGUGGAGCUUAAACCCGACUGGGGCAAGGGCUACUCUCGCCUCGGCGCCGCGCACAUGGGUCUCCAAAGUUAUAACGACGCCGUCUCCUCGUACAAGAAGGGUUUAGAAAUUGAUCCUAACAACGAGGCUCUUAAGUCUGGGCUUUCCGAUGCGGAGGCAGCCUUGGCUCGGAGCAACAGAUCCCGGGCCGGACCGGGGGCGAGUCCGUUUGGGGAUGCAUUCGGGCCGGAGAUGUGGGUGAGGCUGACGAGCGAUCCUGGAACCAGGGAGUAUCUUCAGCAGCCUGAUUUUGUUAAGAUGAUGCAGGAUAUUCAAAAGAAUCCAAAUAAUCUGAACAUGUAUUUGAAGGAUCAAAGGGUUAUGCAGGCGUUGGGGGUUUUAUUGAAUUUGAAGUUCCAGGCGAGGGGUGGCGACGAUGAUGCAGAGAUGCCGUCGGCGACGGCAUCGAAUGGUGAAACGCCGGAAAGGAAGAGGCCUGCAGCCUCAGAGGCUGAGCCAGUGAAGCAGGAGAAGCGGGCGGAAAAGGAGCCCGAACCUGAGAAUGAACCAAUGGAUAUUUCCGAGGAGAAAGAGAAAAAGACUCAAGCUCAGAAGGAGAAGGAAGCAGGGAAUGCUGCGUACAAGAAGAAGGAUUUUGAGACAGCAAUUCAGCAUUACACCAAUGCAAUUGAUCUUUACGAUGAAGACAUCUCUUUCCUCACUAACCGUGCUGCAGUUUACCUGGAGAUGGGCAAGUAUGAGGAUUGCAUGAAGGAUUGUGACAAAGCUGUUGAAAGGGGCAGGGAACUGAGGUCCGACUACAAGAUGAUAGCUAGGGCUUUGACAAGAAAGGGAACUGCUUUGGUGAAGAUGGCCAAGUGCUCAAAGGAUUAUGAACCGGCCAUUGAGACUUUCCAGAAAGCACUAACUGAACAUCGCAAUCCGGAAACCCUCAAGAAACUCAAUGAUGCUGAGAAAGCUAAGAAAGACCUAGAGCAACAAGAGUACUUUAAUCCACAAAUAGCUGAUGAGGAACGGGAGAAAGGUAACCAAUAUUUCAAAGAGCAGAAAUUCCCUGAAGCUGUCAAGCACUAUACUGAAGCAAUAAAGAGGAAUCCUAAAGACCCUAAGGGGUAUAGCAAUAGGGCUGCUUGUUACACAAAGCUCGGGGCAAUGCCCGAGGGGCUUAAAGAUGCUGAAAAAUGCAUCGAACUAGAUCCAACCUUCACCAAAGGGUAUACUAGGAAGGGUGCUGUCCAAUUUUUCAUGAAGGAGUAUGACAAAGCAUUGGAAACAUAUCGGGAGGGAUUGAAACAUGACCCUCAAAAUCAAGAGCUGCUUGAAGGCGUGGGGAGGUGCAUGCAACAGAUAAACAAAGCUAGUCGAGGAGAUUUGACCCCUGAGGAGCUGAAAGAAAGACAGGCGAAGGCAAUGCACGACCCUGAGGUUCAAAACAUCUUGAGUGAUCCAGUAAUGAGACAGGUCCUAGUCGACUUACAGGAGAAUCCCAAUGCUGCACAGGAGCACAUGAAGAAUCCUCAAGUAAUGAACAAAAUACAGAAACUUGUCAACGCAGGCAUUGUUCAAGUUCGGUGAAGAAAAGAAAACCAUGAAAAAAACGCUACCCUCUUCUGCGAUUUAUUGCCGCGAACUUCAAUUAUCUUUCAAAUUAUAUGCAUAUGCUUUGAAACAUCUUUGAACUGUAUGUCGAACUCGUGAAACUUCAAAUGUUUUUUGUCAGCAAGUGAUCAUAAUUCUAUCGGUCUCUUUUAUGUCC